AUGGGAUCAAUCAUAGAUUUUCUGGGUAAAUUAAAAAUGGAUGAGUCAAUGCAGAAGUUAGCUGCUGUAAUGAAGACAGUCAAGAAAUUAAUAGACAAUAAACCCUGUUUUAACCCCUCACAAGCCACAGAUGAUGAAUUAGAAGAAGAAUUGUUAGAAAGAGGACAGCAGACGGGCGGGAGUAGAGAACAGAUGAUCAAUAGACUGAUGACAAAUGGCAACCAGUGUCCUCUCCUGUCAGCUUUAAUUCCAUCAAAUGUAUACUGUACAUUUGAUUCAAUGUGUAUGGGUGUAGAAUGCUGUAUUAAUGUGAAAAUACUUAUAUUCCUGCGUACUGUCAAAGUAUUUGCCAGACUUGAUCCUGAAGAAAUGGAUUUCCAUUUUGGUAUUGAUGUAUUUAAAAAAUCUAUUUCAUUUGGUAGUGACUCACUGUAUGAUGGUAUAAAACAAAAUAUGGAUACUAAUAUUGUACUUCCAAUAGCAGGUGGCCUUAAAAUUAUGCUAAGAGUGGAAAUCAAGUUAAUAGAAACAGUAUUUACAGUAACAGCUGGGAUAGAAUUUUGCCGUGUUGAUGAUGAAAGCAGUUGUAUUGUUAAUUUUGACUUCAUGAAAGAUGCCAGGAUACCUUUACCAUCGAGAGAUGCUAAUGGGAAUUUAGUUUGGCCAAAAAUUGAUUUUAAAGAAGUAUUUAAUACAACCAGAAUGAAAGAAGAUUUUAGUGAUGAAGCAAAAACAGUUCUGAAGGAAGUUCUAAAAGAUGUAACAGAUGAGCUGAUUCAGAUAUUAGGUCUAGAGCAGAUCUUAGGAAAUCUGACUACAACAGAACCAUGUCCAAGACCAAAUACUAUGACAAAUACACAGAUUGGGAAUGAGUUAAAAACAAGAGGACUGAAUGAGUCAAGCACAAAGGAGGAAAACAUACAACGAUUGAUCCUAGAUGAUAGAACCUGUAACCUAAAUGGAAAAACGUGGAUGUUGCCAGAAAUUACUAGUGCCAUAUUAAAAAAGCAUGUGUAUUAUUCGGUGUCGUCUGACUGUCAACGAAUAGAUGCUUGUGUUGAUUUUUCUGUCCAAGUUUUAGGACAAUUCAUUACAAAGGCUUUUAAAGCGUAUGUUGAAAUAGAUUUUUGUAAUUUUUUACUGGGAUAUGGUUUCGAAGGACUCAAGAAAUCAACCAUCUUGAUAAAUUACAACUGGGGUCAGAUGGAAAGAGGGAAAAUAGUAAAAAAUGAUGAUAAGAAAGUGUUUGUAGUAGAUUUUGGAAUGAAGCUAUGUAUUGAUGGAGGCUGUAUUUUUGAAGACACAAUGUUCAUUAAGGAUUUUGAAAUUCCAAUACCAAUAUGUAAUGAAAAUUUUAAAUGGCCAGGUGGAAAUACUAUUUCUGAUAUGAUAAAUGCAAUUGGUGGACAUCUUACAAAAGAAGCAUUCAAUAUUAUUUUAAGAAAACUUGGAAUUGAAAGCAUUUUUACAGAGAAAUGUGACUUUGCAGUAACUGAAAAAGAGUGUUCCAACACUUUCACAAUAGUAGAUUCCAUGAAAGGGCUAGCACAGUGUGAAGUAACAGAUAACUGCUUAGGAAUGGACUGUUGUUUAGGAUUGAAAUUCAAGCUUCCAUUCCAGGGAGAUGAUGUAACAUACAGUAUCCCUUUUGGAUUUAAGCUUAACCCUUGUGAUUUUGAGAUUGAAAUAAACCUUGCGUCUUACUAUCACAAAACUGUUCUCCUCAACUAUGAUUGGGGUGUGGAGAAUAAGCUUCAAAUUGGAAAGGAUGAUCCAGCUCCUAUUACGAUAAGAUACAAAGUGGACAAGCUGGAAGAAGGAAAUGGAUUUAUAAUUGAUCUUAGAAUAGAUAUCUGUAUUCCAAUGGAUGAUGAGAUUUAUUGCUUUCCAGAAAGGGGUUUUCCAGUGCUAAACCAACAUGAAAUUCCAGCAUGUUCUAGAAACUUCACAGGCAUAAUACCAGACUUUUCAGUGAAGGACUGGUUAAAUGAAGUAAAUAUUGAUAUUAACCAAGGUCUACAAGAUGUUGCUGUAAAAUUCAUUCUUGAUCAACUGGAUCUGACUGAUUUCUUCAGUGGUCCGAAGUGUGACGUGGAAAGAGCUCCUUACAAACCAAGUGUUCAAGGAUGGAAUAAUUUAUGUCCUCUUAGUAUUUUUAAUAGACCAACUCUUGGAGAUCAAAUAGCAUGCCACAUAACAGAAUCCUGUACUGAAAUUGAUUGCUGUGCUAAUAUUCCAUUCUUUGGACUGACAGUUAGACCAUUCUUUGUGUUGGAUCCUUGUGACUACAAGAUAUCAUAUGGAAUCAAUACAGAAAAUGUGACAAAGUCACUCUUUGACUAUGAAUGGGGAAAAACUGAAAGAAUUUCUUUGGCACAAGAUCUGAUUGUAUUUGAGUUUUCAGUCAAGAAGCCACCUAAUUUCAAGAAGUUCAUCCUGGAUUUGAGUAUUAAAGUUUGUUUAGGUGAUGACUCCAACUGUGUUCCAAAUAAAAAGAUAUUUGAUAACACUGAGAUUCCUCAGCUUAUAUGUGAUAUGGACGCUGAGAUUGAUUUGAAAGAUUUUUCCCUAGAAGACUGGGCCAACAACUUAGGAAUUAACAUUACAGGACAGAUGAAGCCAUCUUACAUUAAACUGUUACUACAACAGGUUGGCUUGGAUGUUCUGUUGAAGUCUCCACCAUGUAGUCAUGGAGAUGACUUGUAUUACCCAUCAAGCAAUGGAUGGAAAAAUGAUUGUCCUACAGUAUCAGCACUACAAGUCUUGCCAGAGUCCCUUGUGUGCUACUUGCCAGACUUCUGUACCGGCAUUGACUGUUGUUAUUACUAUGACUACCUGGACCUACACCUUAACAUUAACUUGUACAUAGAUACCUGUAAUUACCAGAUAAGAGGCAGAAUAGAAACUCUUCAAUUUGAGAUCACAUUCUUUGAUUAUACUUGGGGUGAUAUAAAGGAGGAGAGGUUACAGGAGAUCUUUAGAAUUAGGUUUAAAAUCAAUAAACUGUCUGACCAGAAGAAGUUUAUUAUAGAUUUAGACUUCAGUGUUUGUCUUGAGAAAAACUUGUGUUUUCCUACUUUGACAGUCUUCAAAGAUCAACUGAUCCCUCAGCCUUUAUGUGACCUGGAGAUGGAAUUCAAAUCAAAAAAUGCAUCUUUAUUUGACUGGAUGAAAAUUAAAGGUCUUCAAAAUGGACAAAGUUUAACCUCAUCACUUGCAAAUGAAUUGAUGGAGUAUUUUGGUUUAAAUCCAUUCUUAAAUGCAGUACCAUGUAAAAGGAAUGAAAGACCUUAUAAAGAUGCUUUGAAUGGUUGGAACACAACAGCUUGUCCUUUGGCCAUGUCUUUGCCAAAAAUACAGAGUACAAUAAGUUGUACACUUCCAGACUAUUGUACAGGAGUUCGAUGUUGUGUUGAGGUUGGGAAAAUUAAGAAAUCUUACACAGUAUAUGCAGAGAUUGAUGGUUGCAACAUGAAAUUGUCAUUUGGCAUUGAAAAGAGACAUUUUGAAAUUUCUCUGCUAAAUUACCAAUGGGGGACUGAAGAAACUUUUAGUUUGCUGAAUGUUAUAAAGUUGAGAUUUUCUGUCCAUGAUCUACAAGGAGAACAGAAAUACCUUGUGAAUAUGAAACUGAGUGUUUGUUUAGAAUCAAGUGGGGCUUGUUUGAUGUCUACAUCAAUCCUUGAAAAUAUAAAACUACCAAAACUAGCUUGUAAUUGGUUAGAUAUGGGAUUCAAAAUUCCAGAUUUCUCACUGACAAAGUUUAAAACUGACAACAGUGUAAUAGGAAAUGUGAAAGGUCUGAUGCUAAUGAAACUUAUGGAAGAACUUGGAAUAUCUACUUAUCUUCAUGAAGAACAAUGCAGUAGAAACUUACCACCCUAUAUAUCCUCCACAAAUGGUUGGACAAAUAAUUGUAGCUUUGCCUCUAUGCCAAGCCUGCCACCAUUGUCUGGUCCUGCCACCUGCCAACUGAUGGAUACCUGUACCGGUAUACAGUGCUGUAUUGAUGUAGAACAGCUAAGCAGGUCCUUCAGUGCCUAUCUGAAUCUUGAGGCAUGUAGUUACAGCUUAGAAAUUGGAAUAGAGGAUCUCUCAUAUAAGAAGUCCUUACUGGAUUUUGACUUUGAUCAAAAACAAAGAUUUAGUCUGUUGAAUGUCAUACAAAUAGAUUAUUCCAUAGAUGAUAUGAAAUCACAAGAUGUAUUUUUAAUCAACUUAGACAUGAGUGUAUGUUUUGAAUCACAAAGUAGCUGUGAAUUUACAAUCAGUAUAUUCAAGAAUGUGUUUCUACCUAAACCACUGUGUAAUUGGCAGGAUAGUUCAUUCAGUGCAGGAUUUUCAUGGAAAAACUGGACCAAAUCUCUUGAGUUCAAUUCUGAGUCAGUAUCAGACUAUGCAAUUGAUUUACUUUUUGAAAAGCUAGGUAUAGCUAAGUUUUUAUCAGAGUCAAAGUGUAACAGAGAAGUUUCUCCUUAUUCUCCUAGUACAGAUGGUUGGAAUACAACUUGUGACAGACUAAUUGAUCUACAGACACUGACAGGACCACUGACUUGUCACAUACCAGACAUAUGUACAGGAGUAGAAUGUUGUAUUGAUGUGGAUCCAAUGAGACGAUCAUUUCACAUGUUUAUAUUCAUAGAUGCUUGUUCUAACAGAUUAAGGAUUGGAAUAGAAAAAUACGAAAUCAAUAUUUCAUUAUUUGAUUAUGAAUUUGGAAUAGUAGAGCAAUUUAAGCUGUCAUCAAUGUUUAUUAUUGACUAUUCUAUUGUCAAUAUUGGUGAUGAUGAUGUAUUCCUUAUGAACAUGAAUAUCAGUAUAUGUCUAGAACCUGAUGCAUGUUUAAUACAACAAAUACUACUACAGGAUGUAUAUCUACCAAAGACUUUCUGUAAAUGGACUUCCACUCUGUCAGAGUUCUCUGUUAGCAGUUUUCUGAGUAAUAAAGGACUAACUGUGAAUGAUAACCUCAAUGACAUUGUCAUUACACAGAUAAUGAACCGUCUGGGAAUAUCAGAUAAUCUACAAACUCCUCAAUGUCAUGUGUCUGCAAAAAAUUGGCAUAAUGAAUGUCCCCAUGCUGUUGCUUUACCAUCCUUAUCAGGGAAAAUCUCUUGUACUCUGUUGAAGAGUUGCUCAGCUGUAGAUUGCUGCCUAAAUGUUGCAUUUUUAAAGAGAAAUUUCCACAUUAAGAUGGACAUUGAUUCCUGCUCAAGGGAAAUAUUGUUUACUGUUGAGAAACUUAGAUUUGAAUACUCAUCACUAAAUUUUCAUUGGGGUGUAAAAGACAGAUUGAAAUUAGGUGAAGCUGUAUAUUUAGACUUCAGUUUAGAUAACAUGGCAGAAGAGAAGAAGUUUAGAUUCAGUUUAAAUAUCAGCAUACAGUUUGAUCCUGGGGUAGCGAUGUUCCACUGGAUUGUAUUAAAGAAUACACAUCUUCCCAAACUACCAUGUAACUGGAACACUGAUUUUGAUGUAGAAGGUUUUUCUUUGCAAAAUUGGCUUGAAAAGGCUAGUAUACCUCCUGGACAACAGUUAUCAAAACUUGUGGUUUAUAAGUUGUUUGAGGAGCUUGGCAUUGGUAGACUUGUGAAUGGAGAGUCUUGUCAGAGAUCAAGCUCAAAAUACAGUCCUGCUUUAGAUGGAUGGAAGAAAGAAUGUCCUUUGGAUGUUUCUUUGACACCAAUGACCAGUCCUAUAUCCUGUCUGAUUCCUUCCCACUGUACUGCUGUUGACUGUUGUAUUGAUGUAGACUUUCUUGACAAAUCAUUUCAUACAUUCUUGGAUGUAAACACAUGUACAAAUAUCAUGACUGUUGGAAUAGAAAAACUUGUUACUGAUCCAAUCAGUUUGUUGAGUUAUGAAUAUGGUAAACUCCAGCAAUUCAACUUGAAAGGAAUGUUAAGAAUAAUAUUCAAAAUUGAUGAUCUUGAUGAAGUCAGGAAGCUAAGAAUCAAUUUGAAUAUCAGUAUAUGCUUAGAGUCAAAUGGACCUUGUCUGUAUGAUAUAUUACUGUUCAAGGAUACACUUGUUCCAAAACCUCUAUGUGACUGGGAAGCAAACUCAUAUUUUACUCAAAAUUUCUCUUUGAAUAACUUUCUCACUGAUGAAGGACUUAACAUGAAUGGUCUGCUGCCAGAAGACAUUGUGCAGAAACUAAUGGGACAGUUAGGGCUAUCAUCCUAUCUUAACAGUGAUUCUUGUAGCCUGGAAUAUGAACCAAAUAAGGAUGGAUGGAUCAAAGCUUGUUUUGAAGAGGGAGUGACACUACCAACUUUGCCAGUCAAUACAAGAUGUAAAUUGUUACAGUCCUGUUUAGGUGUAGAAUGCUGCUUAGAUGUUGAAUUCUUACAGCAGCGAUUCAAAGCUUUGUUUGAACUUGAUGCUUGUAAUCAUCAGUUACACUUACAAAUAGACAGAUACCAGAAGACACUAAAUUUGUCAGAUUACAAGUAUGGUAACAUACAGAAACUGUACCUAAUGAAUGUUGUUAGGAUGGAGUACAUCAUAGAUGAUCUUGCAACUGAGAAAAAAUACCAGUUCAGUUUGAAUAUAAGUCUCUGUUUUGAAACUUACCAAGAUUGCUUGACAACUGUUCAAGUCUUCAAGAAUACCAAACUGCCAAAGGUGUUUUGUGAUUGGGGGACUGGUUUUCCUCAAGAGUUUUCACUGUCAACAGUGCUGAAGGAGACAGCUGAGACAAUCACUGAUGUAUUGCCUUCUGGUAUUGUUGAUAUUGUUUUUACCAGACUCAGACUAAGACAGUUUUUACUAUCACCAUCUUGCCCACAAAAAUUACCACCCUAUUUUAAGGAGAAUUCCUGGAUUAAUAAUUGUUCCUUGACAACUGAAAAUGUACCAAAUUUACCGUCAGAUGUGUCCUGCUUUGUUCCUGAUUCUUGUUCUGCAGUGGAGUGUUGCUUAGGUGUUCCUGUCAUUAACGAAACCAUUAGAAUAGCUGUAUCAUUAGAUCCUUGUUUAUAUGAAAUGGAAAUUUCAAUUGAGGGUUUAAAUGUAAAGAAGUCUCUGCUGUCAUACCCAUGGGGAGAUGAAGAAAGCUUUUCUCUUCAGGGAGGAAUCAAACUGAAGUAUAAGAUUUUUGACCUGGUUACUGAGAGAGUCUACAUGAUAGACUUGACAUUCCAGCUUUGUUUGGAGUAUUCUCAUCCUAGUGACUGUAUUUUGAAUCAACACAUUUUAAGAAAACAGAAAUUUCAGAAACCCUUGUGCAGCUGGGACAGAGGAUUUCACAUCCCAGAAUUUUCAUUGAAUCAAUGGCUGGUUGAUGCCAAAUAUGAUAACAAACAAACACUUGAUGCUUUUGUGGUGACACAGUUGAUGGAAGAAAUGGGACUAAGAACAUAUAUAAAAGAUCCACAGUGUGACAGCAACACAGACCCCUAUGUACCCCUGAAGCGCAAUAGAUGGAACAUAAAAUGUGAAGGAAUAAACGAGGAAUUACCAUCACUCCAGUCGGGUCUGUCUUGUCACAUGACGAACAGUUGUACAGCAAUAGAUUGUUGCUUAGAUGUAGAAAAACUUGGACUUGCUCUCAAUUUUUAUUUUAUGCUGGAUACCUGUAACAACAAAUUCACAUUUGGAAUUGAGAACCUGAAAAGAACUGUAUCAAUCAUAAGUAUGGGAUUUGGAACAGUGGAAACAUUUUCCUUCUUGGGACUUCUAAAAAUUGACUACCAGUUCUAUGAAUUUCUUAGUGAAAGAACAUAUGUUGCUAAUAUCAACAUGAGUUUAUGUUUUGAAUCAAGUGGAUGUUUUCUUCAGCAAAUAAUACUGAAGGAUGCAAAACUUACCAAACCUCUUUGUGACUAUGAUGAGGGAUUUCUCAUAAAAGAUUUUUCACUGACAAACUGGUUACAGCACCAUGACUUGGAAAUUGGUAGGAAUUUACCAGGGUUUGCAGUAGACUUGUUGUUUCAUCAGUUGGGAAUUUCUGGAUAUCUGCAAGAUCCUAAAUGUGCAAAAUCCAUAUACUGUACUAACAUUCAAGGUUGGAAUACUUCAGAAUGCUCAGCAGAUAUUUCAGUGCCAACCUUACCAGUUUAUGCUAGCUGUCGUCUGCCAAGUUACUGUACAGGUUUACAGUGUUGUGUAGAGGUAUCUCUGCUCCAAACAACAUUUGAAACACAUGUGUUUUUGGAUGCAUGUGCCUAUAAACUCAGUAUUGGAAUUGAAAAUCUUGUAAUCAAUGAAUCAUUGUUUGACUACACUCUUAAUACAUGGAAAACAAUAUCUCUGGGCAACCUGUUUAGGCUCAAAUUUAGAAUAGAAGAAAUAACAGUUGAAAAGAUCUAUCUCUUUGAUGCCAAGAUCAGUGUUUGUUUCGAGACAUAUGGCGACUGUAUAUACAAUUUUGACAUAUUGGAUAGUGUACGGAUACCAAAACAGCCUUGUUCCUGGUCUAACCGUUUUGUUAUCCCAGAUUUUCAAAUAGAUAGCUGGAUGAGUAAUAAUGGACUAAGUAGCUCUUUGAAGGUUUUACCAUCAGUCCUUGCAUCUCAACUAAUGGAAGAUCUGGACAUAGCUAGUUACCUCUUGAACCCUUCAUGCGACCAAUCAGCUGAUAAAUACAAGUUUACAAAUAACCAUGGAUGGAAUUCAGAUUGUGCAUCAGACAUGAGUCUCAGCGAUCUUCCAGAUUCAGUACUUUGCUAUCUUGAUGACACUUGUACUGGAUUAAGUUGUUGUGCAAAUGUUGAAUUCAUCAAUAGAAACAUAAAUAUCUUCUUAACUAUUGACCCAUGCAAUUAUAGACUAAAUAUUGGCAUAGAAAAAUACCAGUAUGAAUUUUUCCUGAUGGACUUUGAGUUUGGAGUCCAAAAACAGUUCCAUAUUGGAAAAGUCAUUGAACUAAGUUACAAAAUUACAGACUUCAAGGGAUUGUCACUAUACUACAUAGAUUUGGAUUUCCAAGUCUGUUUCAAUGAUGGAGGUCCUUGUACUUUGGAGGCAACAAUUUUUUCAAAUGCAAAAAUACCAAAGAUACAUUGUGGUUUGACUAAAGGAUUUUUGAAUGCAAACUGGUCUUUAUCAGAAUGGUACAGUGAUAUGCAGAUUAAUCCACUGGAAAAACUGUCUACAAAUGAAAUAUUAGUACUAAUGGAUACACUUGGGUUAGCAUCUUUUCUAAGAGAGAAACAAUGCAGCAGACAUGAUCCCAACUCAGUAUUUGCAGCUCAGUACCAGGGAUGGAGUACAGAUUGCAAGUCAACUUCCAUAUCUUUGCCAAUUCUUGAUACAUCUGUUGUAACAUGUUACUUAGCUGAUGAUUGUAAUAGCGUCAAGUGCUGUCUUGACAUGGAAUUUAUUGACCGAUCUUUGUACUUUUUUGUGAACUUUGAGCCAUGCAACUAUAUGAUUAAGUUUGGAAUAGAAAGAUUGGAGAUGAAUAUUUUGUUGGAUAGUUAUAAGUGGGGUGAAUGGGAAAAGAUGGACUUGUAUGGAGUACUGAAGAUUAGGUACCUAGUUGAUGACUUUUUUGCUGAACAACAAUAUGCCAUUUCUAUGAUCAUCAGUGUAUGCUGGGAAUCCAAUGGGGAAUGUCAAGAAUUUAUCAUCCUUGAUAAAAAUAGAGUACCUAAAUCGGUGUGUAACUGGAAUAAAGGAUUUAAAAUAAGUGACUUUUCCAUCUCUAAAUAUAUGUUAGACAAUGGAUUGACUUGGUUAAAUCAGAUGGCUGUAUCAGAAGUGCUUGAAAGUCUUGGUGUAUCUCAGUACUUGAAGUCUCCAUCUUGUGACAGACACAGCACACCCUAUACUGUUAAUAGUAAAGGAUGGUUAAAUGAUUGCCCAUCAGCAUUGAUGUUAGAUGAAAAUAUUUCCAUUCAUUCAUCUUGUUAUAUCCCUGAGAAAUGUACAGCUCUAUACUGUUGCACUGAUAUUCCAAUUCUAAAUAUCACAGUACAAACUAGUAUUGAUCUAGAUCUAUGCAACUAUCAACUAACUGUGACAUUGGAAGAGGUUACACUAGAAUACACAUUGGUUGAUUAUAACUAUGGAACCUGGAAAUUUUUUUCACUGUAUGGAUUAUUUGGGUUAAGUUUUAUGAUAGAAGAUCUGAGCAGUGAUGAUGCGGUUGUAUUUACUGUUAAUGUUUCAUCCUGUUUGGAAACAUCAGCUGAUUGUCUUUUUCAACAAAGAUUAAUGGAAGAUGUUACAAUACCUAAACCAAAUUGUAACUUGAACUCUGGAUUUAAAAUAGCAAAUUUCUCACUAACAGAAUUCCUGGAUGAGAAAGGACUGAGUUCAGAUGGAACACAGCUAUCACCUUACAUAACAUCAGUACUUCUUCAUGACAUUGGAGUGGCUCCAUUCCUACUUGAACAGCAGUGUGAUACCAGUAAUUUACCAUACUAUCCAAAGAAAAGAGGAUGGAAUAUUGCUUGUCAGAAGGAGGUGAAUACAAUACCACUGGACCAAUCUACUGUUUGUCAUCUCUAUGACUACUGUACUGGUGUCACCUGUUGUACUGAUGUAGAUAUCAUUGGCAGAUCUAUAAACACCUAUGUAACACUGGAUCCCUGUAACAGAAGGUUGAGCUUAGGGAUAGAAAAGUAUACUGUGAAUAUCAGUCUGUUUGAUUAUGCAUUUGGCAAGCAAGAACAUAUAAAGUUAUUUGGACUUGUUGGAUUAGACCUUUUGAUAGAAGAUUAUCCAACAGAGAGACAGUAUGAAGUGACAUUAGAUCUGAGUAUUUGUUUCGAGUCAGAUUCCCCCUGUAUGAUAUCAGUCCCAGUUCUGAGGAAAACCAUUCUCCCCAAGACCAUAUGUGAGUGGAAAAGUGAUUUCAUUGAUCCAAAUUUUUCAUACCAGGAAUUUCUGGAAGGGAAAGGUUUAACCAAAGACCAUGUCCUUAGUGUGAAUGACAUGAAAGAUUUGAUGGACACACUUGGUAUCACAGAUUUCUUACAAAAACAACCAUGCAAGACAAGUGAAUGGAUAAAUGAAUGUAAUCAGUCUAUGGCUGCAUUACCUAGUAACACAGGACCAAUAGGAUGCCACAUCAGUGAUACAUGUAGCUCAGUAGACUGUUGUAUAACUCUGGAGAAGAUUGGAUGGUCAUUUGAAACUUUUGUGAACAUAGAGCCCUGUCUCUUCAAACUGACUGUUGCCAUUGAACAACUACAGUUCAGUAAAUGGUUGUUUGACUAUGAAUGGGGAUAUCCUGUCCAGGUCUGGCUAUUUGGAUUUAUUAGAAUGGAAUUAAGCAUAGUAGAUUUGACUGCAGAAGAACAGUAUCUAAUAGAUUUAACACUGAGUGUCUGUAUGGAAGCAGACAAGUCAAUACCUUGUGAAUUGUCAGUCCAAAUUUUCAACAAAUAUAAACUCCCUAAACAAAAGUGUAACUGGAAUACAGGGUUCUUUAUUGAGAAUUUUUCUCUACAAAGCUGGUUACUUGAGGAAGGUUUCCCAGACGUUUCUCCAUUACCAGCCUACACAGUAUCACAGCUGUUUUCGGAUCUCCAUGUAGCUGCUUACCUCCUAGAUAACUCCUGUCAAAUGGAUGUGGCAAUAUAUCAAGAUGGAUGGAACAGUGAAUGUAACAGUGAUCUAACCUUACCAGCUCUACCCAGUAACAUUGCUUGUCAGGUUUUUGAGACAUGUACAAGUAUAGAGUGUUGUGUAGAGAUACCAUUGCUUAAUUCAACACUGAAUUUCUAUCUAGACGUAGACACUUGCCGUUCUAGUGUUACUGUUGGAAUAGAAAGAUUGUACCACAAGUAUAGCUUGUUAGAUUAUACCUUUGGGGAAACAGAAAACUUUAAUUUGUUUGGAGUAACAAGACUAAAGUAUAAUCUUGAAGAUCUGAGACAACAAGAAAUGUUCAUUCUUCAGUUGACAUUUAGUUUUUGUCUGGAAUCAAAUGGUCCAUGUGAACUGGUUAUACCUAUUCUUGAAGACAUGAUAUUCCCCAAACCUGUGUGUCAGUCAGAUACAACUUUUCUGACAAAAGGAUUUUCUCUUGAACAGUGGUAUAGAGAAAGAAAAUUAUUGUAUGGUACAACCUUACCUGGACAUUAUGUAUCAGAACUACUAGAACAAACAGGAUUGACAAGCUAUCUCAUUGACAAUACCUGUCAUAUGAACCCUCAUGAUGUAGACAGCAAUGGUUGGAAAAUGGAUUUUGAUCUAUCAGAUUGGAUGACUGAAAGAAGUAUUAAUUCUACAACACUUAGUCAGCUUGAUCUUCUUAGACUAUAUAAUGAUUUAGACAUUGGGUGGUAUUUGUCAACUGCUUGUGAAAACAGCACAACACAAAUCAAACAAUUUGAUUUGGAAUGCUCAGCUUUAAAAGAAAUACCAGUUUUACCAUCCACAGCAAAAUGCAAACUCUAUGAGUCCUGCAAUAACAUCAGUUGUUGUGUAGAAGUUCCUGACCUUCAGAGGUCAUUCAACAUGUUCUUACACCUAGAUACCUGUGACCUUAAAUUAACAGUUGGGAUAGAAAAACUGCAUUAUAUCCAGAUGAUUUUCAACUACCAAUGGGGAAGCAACCAGUCUUUUUGGUUAAAUGGAAUAUUUAGAAUACAUUACCAGAUACAUCAAUUACACUAUGCAAGGAAGUAUAGAAUGUCAGUUGCCCUGGAAGUAUGCAUGUCUUCAAGGGAACCUUGCAUACAGAACACAACAAUACUGGACAAUGUAGAUCUGCCACAGGAAGAAUGUGAUUGGAGACAAAACUACACAAUGUCUGGUUUUGCCUUCAGCAGUUGGCAGAGUUCUAAACUCAGCCUACAAGAUACUUCUGACAAAGAACUGAUACUACAACUGAAGGAGGAAACUGGCAUUGGGUUUUAUCUUGAGCAAAGUGCAUGUGCUGAUGACUUUGAGGACACUAUUUUACAGUCAAAUUGUUCAAAGUUUGAGACCAUAACUUUACUGAAUGGACCUAUUAAGUGUGAUAUUACCAACCAGUGUAAUGCUAUAGACUGUUGUGUUUAUGACGAGAAGACACUGAGAAGCUAUAAAGUUUUUAUUCAUCUCUCCCCCUGUAAUGACACUGUAGUGGUUGGAAUUGAAAAGUAUAAAUUCAUGCAAUCACUUCUUGACUUUGAUUGGAACCAACAGCAUGAACUAUUUUUGGGAGGAAUUUUCAGAAUACAAUAUCAACUUAAAGAUUUGCCAGGAUUGAACAGCUUUGUUGUAAGCAUGAAAGUUAGCAUCUGCUGGAGUUCUGAGACUGAAUGUGAUUUUAGUGUAACAGUUCUAGAAAAUGCUGUUUUAGAAAAAGAAGUGUGUGAAUGGAAAAAGCCUUUCUUGAAACAAGGUUUUUCUUUGACAAGGUGGGAAGCAGAAAGUGGAUACACAGUGAAUAUCACUUUACAUGGACAGGCUUUGACAGAUUUACUUGAAGAACUUGGUGUUUCUAAAUAUUACGAAAAGAAUCAGUGUUACAGAAAUGAUUCAAUUUAUUUUCCUCAAGCAUCAGAGGGAUGGAAUAUAGCAUGUCCACUUAGUAUCCAGGGAAUCUAUAGUCUACCAGACAGCAUGGCCUGUAGCCUCUCAGACAAAUGCACCAGUGUGGAUUGUUGCGUGGAUAUUAAACUGCUAGGUAGAUCAUUCCACAUUUACUUGGACAUUGAUCCAUGUUACUACAGGCUGACAGUUGGUAUUGAAAGGAUGAAGUUUAACAGAAGUCUACUGGACUACAGUUGGGGUUCUGUGUUAGCUGUAUCUUUGUAUGGAGUCAUGAACUUAAAAUUUACUGUAGAUGAUUUGCCAGUUGACAGAAUGUUCAUUGUCAGUUUGAAUGUAUCUGUUUGUUUUGAAGAUAAUGGCUCUUGCAAUGAUUCAAUGGUUUUGAGAAAUGUUCUUUUACCAAAGCAAGUGUGCAAAUUUACCAAAGAUUUUGUCAUAGAAGAUUUUUCACUAACCAAGUGGAUGUCAGAUAGAGAUAUCAUCAGGACUGAUGUGUUAAAGGAGUACUUGUUGUACCAGAUCCUUGAGGAGUUAGAUGUUUCAUCGUUCUUGAAUGAAUAUUCAUGUGAUAGAUCUAAAGAGCCUUGGGGCCCUUCUAGCAAUGGUUGGAUGAAUGAGUGUCCAAACUAUUUGACAUUACCUUACCUGAAUGGUGCAGAAACAUCCUGUAUAACCCUGGAUACAUGUACAGGAAUAAGAUGUUGUGUUGAAGCAGUUUCUCUAGGAAGAUCUUUUGUCAUGUCCUUUGAAAUUGAUGCAUGCAACUUCAUGUUAACCAUUAACAUAGACAAAUUUGUUCACAAUGAGUCACUUGUGAAUUAUGUUUAUGUCAGAUUUUUUUAUGACAUUUUCAUCAAAGGUUUGUAUCAGCAAGGUCUGGAAAGAGUGCUUACCAACUACUUUAUAGGAGUUAUGCCCCUUGGAAAUAGAGAUACUGAUCAUCAAGGAACUUCAAAACAGUUGUAUCUGAAGGGAAUCUUUUUGAUUGAAUACACUCUGGAUGAGUUGCCUACAACAAAAGAGUAUGUAGUAUCCAUAACCCUGGGUAUAUGUCUAGAAUCAACAGAGCCCAAUUGUAUGAUCAAAAGAGUUGUAGCAGAUAAAACAAGCUUACUUAAACCAUCUUGUGAUUGGAAUAACGGAUUUAGUAUGCAAAGAAAAACAAUCUGA